GAGCCCCCCAGCAUCUCACUACAAUACAUUUUCCCUCUCAGUCUGCAAAACUAAACUCUCACUCUUCCUUCCUUAACACAACUCAAGAUGGAGACUUCCAUUGAGCAGCCAGUCGGCGGCUUUACAUUCGAUCUGACUGCACGAAACGCUCGGUUGGCAUCCAGCGAGACUGGAUACAAGGUGCCCAAGGCCACCAAGACAGGCACAACCAUCUGCGGCGUGAUCUUCAAGCACGGCGUGGUGCUGGGCGCAGACACGCGAGCAACCAACGACACGAUUGUCGCCCAAAAGAACUGCCAAAAGAUCCAUUAUAUUGCCCCCAACAUUUACUGCUGCGGCGCUGGCACGGCUGCAGACACGGAGCAGAGCACCAAGAUGAUUGCAUCGCAACUAGAGCUGCACCGCCUGACCACCGGCCGAAAGUCGCGCGUCGUCACGGCCUGCCGCUUGCUCAAGCAGAUGCUCUUCAAGUACCAGGGCAACAUUGGCGCCGCCCUUGUGCUCGGCGGCGUUGACAUUAACGGCCCCACGCUCUAUUCCAUCCACCCGCACGGCAGCACAGACAAGCUCCCUUACGUCACGAUGGGCUCUGGUUCACUCGCGGCCAUGGCCGUGUUCGAGGCUGGCUACCGACCCGACAUGGAGGAGGCGGAUGCAGUCAAGCUUGUGCGCGACGCCAUCGCAGCCGGCAUCUUCAACGACUUGGGCUCUGGCAGCAACGUCGACGUCUGCAUUCUCACCAAGGAUUCGACGCAAAUGAUCCGACCCUUCGAGAUUGCCAACGUCAAGCCCCCACAAGAACAAAGCUACCGGCCACCGCGCGGCGCAACAGUUAUUCUCACCGAGACCAUUGACAAGAGCGCCGACAUUGAGCAGUUGCAGACAGAUCGUGAUGUCAUGCAACUGUAAAGCAUUGUUCGUAAAGUUGUCGGUGGAAAAAAACCUGUCAAGCCUGUGUGUGUUUCCUUUCGUGUUUGUGAAUGCUGUCGGUGUUUUUGUAUUUGUUGUUUGGUGCGUCGUAAUGUUGUUACCAAGCACACCUACGUUUCAUUCCCCCCCCCUUUCCACACUCUCAAAACCGUCUUGCUUGACCCUUCCGCUCAAAUUGAACUGCUGUCUCAGCGCCGUGUGCAGUCGAAAAUCAGGCAAUGAAACUCAAAACUAUUGGACAUUUCGCAC